AAGAGAUAGAAUUGUUUCUCACAAUCAGUGAGCAGAACAAAUUUUUUCUGCAACUUUGCAGACACGUGCCGUCCCGUACCGCUCUCUAUUGUUGUUGCUCGUGGACUCGUUCCACUCAGAUAUAACUGUACGGCUCUAGUCAUUUCAAAAUGUACCCUCGCGUGAGGGAACAGUUUGUUAUCUUAGGUCUCGUCACAACGCUACUCUCGGUGGUCAGUCCAUCCCCUGUGGAUCAACUCCGGAGAGUCAUCGCUCUCGAUCGACUACCUACCUCCUAUUUUGGCAGUAUUGCCACCUUUGGGGAUCCUUUAUCCACGACCGUGCGUGCCAAUUUAAUGGUACCGCCUGACGAUUCUUUCUUGUGUCAACGCCCGACCGCGUUGCAAAAUUUCACGAUACCAACGCGUGUAGAAUCGGAAUCGUCCGGACUUCCCAUUGCUCUCUUUGUCAGUAUCGACGGCUGUUCGCCUGAACAAAAAGCUCGCGUCGCGUUGGAUCUGCGAAAGAAUGUGAACUCCCUGGUCCAAUAUCUGUUGGUGUAUUCCCCCAUCCCCAGUCGGAACAAUACGUUUCUGCGCCUUAUGCCAGACAGCCCCGAUGUCGACAACAAAUACGCUGAAAUUGGCAUCAUCUACAUGCCGUACGAAUUCGCCCUAGGCAUUGCAACACAGAUGCGCUCCAAGGCCUCGACGCAAUCGGUCAACCCUGCUUUCAUGGCGGAAGGUAACGAACUCUGGCAAUUUCUGCUGCAAAUUGAAAUGUAUGAUCCCUUGCGCGGGGAUUAUAACAAUACCGCGCAGGCAGAAAGUUUCUACUGGUUUCGGUUCGUACUCUUUUCCUUGUUAAUUAUUUCGCCGUGCCUGCGAGCCGGGUAUCUGUGGUACGCGGGAGGUGGCCGGUUCAUUUUUCAACGCAACGAACGCGGGCGCAUCGUGGGGUUACAAUACGUUCCACCCAUACCAUAUUGGCUGACCGCCGGACGGUUUGUCCAAGCGCAGCGCCACGAAACGUUGGCGAAUACGUUGAACGAAGAGCAGUUUUUAGCGCUACCGGAAAUUGAAUAUAAGGAAUAUGUCAACCAUGACGGAGACGGUGAUGCCGAUGCUUCAACAAGCGACGAAGCUGACGAAAGUGUGGCAUCCUCAGCGCAAGAGAAUGCCGUCGUAGCGAACAAAAAUGACGUCUUUAGCUUUCAUAAUGAAGAGGUGGACGUGGAGCAAGCGUUAGGGGCACCAACACCAAACAGGGAUACUGAAAACAUGGCAACGGGAGACUUUGGAGCUGCACUAUCUUCUUUCUCGACUACGUGUACCAUGUGUUCCAUUUGCAUCGACGAUUUCGAAGCGAACGAAAAUGUUUUUUGGGGGGAGCGAGCCUUUUACAGAGUGGAUGACAAAGCUACCGAUAUGCUGGAGGUUGCGUGGUAUCACGCCGCGUUGUUAACGUUUACUCCCAAACGCCAAGUUGCCCAGGUAGUAGUUGAUCCGAGUCAUUUAUGAGCGCUGUCUCAAUAGUUGGAUUGAACCAGGAGGGUGCUUAGCGAGUGCCAGUCCC